AUGCCAAUUGAUGGUCUGAGAAAUGGUCUCUUUGGAAGAAAUCUGUGUGUCAGGCAACGUGAUAAACAUAACUGUAUUGGGUCUCUCCAAAGUCCCCUCUUGGCCAAGUUGGCCCCUGAAGGGGUUGUGUCCAGGCUAAAGCAGGACCAAGGGAAGAGACUGUUAAAUGCUAAUCCUGAUUACGUGUGCCAUAUCUUUGCAAUAGUAAUAUCAGCUUCAAAAAGUGGUGAAUUGUCUCCAGAAGCUCUUCACAUCACCUCAAUUCCAGAUCUUCUCAUCCUGCCUUCAGACAUGAAGUACUUUAUAAAGGUGAUUUUCCUGGUUGAAGGGGAAGAGCAAAGGAAGUCCAUUUGCAUAAACCCAGGAACACAGGCAAAGGGACAAGGAGGUGGCACUUUUGCUGAGCUCAAGUACCAUGGGAGUCCUGACAAGAUGAAUGCUUCAAUUACUAGAGGCAUACAAAUACCGGACCUAAACUCAGUGAGUGAUGUUCCAAACGCGAAAUGGCACAAAGCUGGAGCACAAGAUCAGAAUUAAAGAUCCAACACACCGAAUGUUCAAUUCAUCGGAACACAGUCGAUUCUGGAAACUCGUUUUGAUAGAAGAUUUCCGCAUGUAAGUAAAUUAAUUGCAUGGGUUGAGUGAUUCAUGACCACCGGUAUCAAUCUUGUUCUUUUCUAACAAUCAAACUCAGCAUAUUUGGCAUACAUACAUACUGUAUUAUAUUCAUUCACUUCAACUCUC